UUGUGAUCAUUUAGGACUAUGUACAUUUUACGCUCAAUGAUGUCAUUACAAGGAUUUUUCUGUAUAAGAAAUUAAAAGUGAACGGCGCUUAUAUACCUCACUUUAUUUUAUUUAAACAAUCAUUUACAACUGGUAAUUGUAUGUCUACAAAAAAAAAAUAAUCAGUGAACCAUGUACCCUGAUCAUGGGUUGUUUUACAAUAUCCCACUCACACAGAUAAGAGGAAUUUAUUUUCUGAAAUUUCAAAAUCAUAAUCAGAAAAAGAUACCGAAAGUAAACGUACAAAUAUAACUGGUAUAAAAACGUUUCAAAUCGCGUAUAAGCUGGGUAACAUCAGCCAGUCAGCGAGUUCUGGAAGAUAAAAUCAAAUGGCGGCUAAACAGUUACCGGAAGUGAUUGAAGAUGUUCGUCGAUGUAGAACGGUGGUGGAUUUGCUGGCACGUGAGAGCGUUUUGGGAGUAGAUUGUGAAGGAAUUUCACUUGGGGCGGAGGGUCCCUUGACGUUGGUUCAAGUCGGAGACUCUACAGGACAUGUUUAUUUGUUCGACAUCUUAAAAAAUAAAUGUCUUCUGACCCAAGGAAAGCUUGGAACCCUUCUGGAGUCUCAAAAUUUCAUAAAAGUAAUGCACUCGUGCUCCAACGACAGUGCUGCAUUAUACCAUCAAUUCGGGGUGACACUGAGGAAUGUCUUCGAUACACAGGUUGCUAAUAUAAUAAUCCAAGAACACAAAGGACGCAGACUAGCACCUCUUCUGAAACUUGCUGCGAUUUGCGAAGAGUACGAUGGAAAGGCAUUUUCAACAGAACUGAAGGAUAAUAUACAGACUGAAUUUAAAACAGAGACGAGUGACUUGUGGGCCAAACGACCAAUGACAGAGGACAUGAUUCUUUACGCCGCAGGUGACGUCACAGCCAUUGUACCGGAAGUGUAUGAAAACCAGAAAAGGUACCUUGAAGAAAACAAUUUAAUGUGUAAAUUUCAAGAAAGAGUUCAAGAAGAAAUAUUUUUUUAUAUUGACCAAACUAUUAAACAAAAGAGAAAAGACCGGGUUGAUGCCACAAUUAAAGAAAUUGUAGCGGAUAUAAACGCCAAACACUUUAGCAGUACUUCAUGUAACUUGAAUGAUUUUGAUGAAAAUGGUGAUGAGUACAGGGCUGUCCAUAGGAUACACUUCAAAGAUGCUGCUAAAAUUUCGUCGUUCAUUGAUAGCCUAAAAACAGAGAUCAUACACAAAGAAUUAGCAGAUCUUUUGCAAAAGCUUGAGGAGGACAAUGACAGUUUUUUCCUAAGCUGGAGAUCAAAAGGCAGUAUCCUUGCUUUUGAAAGACAUCCUAAUAAGCUAAUCGCAGACAAAGCAAAGAUAGUAAAUGCAAAAAUGAACAAAAUUGCAAUGAGAAACAUAAGUACCAAAUACAAUAUAAAUUCCAAGCUUAGCCACGUACCUCAAAUUGAGAGGGAGACUCUUCGGUCACUAAGACCAAAUGGUAGUGCUGAUCCCAACUUUCAUCAAGUGGUUCUUCAUCUUUACUGGCUACUUAUGGAUGAAGAUUUGCAGAAGAAAAUCGACGAAUUUAACGAAAAGCGUCGAAACUUUAAGAUGACAGAAGGUUAUUACAAGAAGAUGAAGUUUUUCAUUGCAAGAAGAACAAGGGUUCCGGACACCCUCAAACAAAAGGCUAAAAGGUUCAAACAUGAUUUAGACCGAACAUUUGGACGUGAUGUCGUUCCAUCAGGGUGAUGCUUGCAUCUAAAUGAAAAUGUUUUUUAUACGAUGAAUAUCUCCAACGAGUGACCAAUUUCAAUUUUUAGUGCACUUAGAUACGAAGAUUUUUUAUUGAAUCAAUUUUGAAUAACCACAUCGUUAAUUAUCAUCAUAACAAUGUCGAAACGAACUACAUUAAUGUAACAUGUAGAAGAAUAAGCAAUUAACAUAUUAUUUAAAUUUUAAAACACCACGUUUCUUUGCAAUUGGUGUUGACUUUCUUCAUUAGAAAAUGUGUUGAGGAAAUACACCGAACUUCAUAUUAUGUACGCUGCACCAGUUUGGAGAUAUAAUUUUACCAACAAUUUUUCAUAAAAAUUUAUUGAUUUAGUGUUCGGUGUUUUUACCUUCUUGUACAUAGCAUGUUUAAUACAAUUAUAAUUCGCUUAUUAAGCCAUCUACCUUUUUAACCCCAAUUUAGCUGUCAACCCUUCCUUGAGGUUCUAUUAUCGUGCCCUUUUAUCACUAAAGAAAAAAUCAUGAAAGAGAAGAUUAUAUUUAUGCAAUAACAAAUUAUUUUUGGAAAAUAAUAUCGUAAUACACUUACAACAAUUUGUGAAACAUAUUAUCUCUCCUUAACUGUCAAUUUUAAGCAUGAUAUUCUAGUAGUUAAGCCGAACAAUUUUUAAGCAUAAUAAUUUAUGUAUUUGCAUUGAAAAACAUAACGAUGAGAAAUCGUGUUUUAAUCAGAUAAUUA